AUGAGCAAAGGUUAUUUUCAUGACUAUAAAGGCUCCAAUACACAAUAUUUAUUAUACCCUGUAGAAGAAGUAGCAAAAAGUUAUUGGCCUACAUGCGAGGAGAAUAAUGAAUUUGGUAAAGAAUUUAAUUCUCACUUAUGUAUCUUAGAUAACAUAAGUCUUGUCAAUGAUAUACUAUUAGAGACAUAG